AUGAGAUCUGAAAACCAAACCAUGGUGAAGGAAUUCAUCCUACUGGGAUUCUCCGGCAUCUGUGAGAUUAAAGUCCUCGUCUUCCUCACCUUGUUCCUGACCUACAUGCUGACAUUAAUGGGGAACAUCUUAAUCAUUGCUCUGGUGUGGAAUGAUUAUCGCCUGCACAUGCCAAUGUACUGGUUCCUGUGUAACUUGUCCUUCUCAGGCAUAUGGUUCACUACUGUCAUCAUCCCAAAGAUGAUGCUAAACAUCCUGUUGGACACCAGAACUAUUUCUUUCUUUGGAUGUUUGAUGCAGACCUAUUUCUAUUUCUUCCUGGGGACCUCAGAUUAUAUCCUGGUGGCAGUGAUGUCCUUUGAUCGGUAUGUGGCCAUCUGCAACCCUCUGCGGUAUUCUGUCGUCAUGGAUGGUUGGUUUACCUUCCAGCUAGCCCUAGGGACAUGGAUUGGGGCAUUCCUUUCUGUCCUCUACCCAGCAAUUGUGUUCUUCCAGUUACCUUUCUGUGGCCCCAAUGUCAUUAACCAUUUCUUCUGUGAUAUCAUUCCAGUCUUGAAGCUGGCCUGUACUGACACAAUCCUCCUGGAAAUGCUGAGCUUUGUAUCUUCUUCUAUUGUUGUUCUGGGCUCUUUGCUCUUAACAACAGUGUCUUAUGUCUAUAUCAUCACCACUAUUCUGCACAUCCCAUCAGCCACAGGCCGCCAGAAGGCAUUUUCUACCUGUGUAUCCCACAUCACAGUGGCUUCCAUCUUCUAUGGCUGCUCUAUAUUCAUGUACAUACUACCAGAAAAGAGUCAUGCAUCGUGGUUCUACAAAGUGGUGGCUUUUCUGCACACCGUGGUGACACCUUUGCUGAACCCAUUCAUAUAUACUCUGAGGAAUAAGAAAGUCAGAGAUGUCUUGAAAGACGCUCUGAAGCGGGCAGAGAACAGUUUUCCAAGGGAUAGAGUACAAGGAGAGAGAGAGAGUAAAAAAGUAAACCAUUAA